UCAAAACAGGAAGAGAAGUGGAUGAACGAAGUAUUCACUUUAAUAUUUCUGCAUUCACUAUUAUUCGUACGGUCUUUAAAUGUUUUGAACUAAUCAAUGAAUUCUUUCCAUUGAAAUGAAGAUCAGCACAUUGAAUUAGUGCAAGACUGUAUCUGAAAGAUGGCCGAAAUGGUUUAUGAUUUGUGUGUCAUUGGUGCCGGAAUGUUCGGGAGUGCGGCUGCAAGGCACGCGUCAGCCAAUCCGAGCGUCAAAGUGUGCUUGGUAGGGCCAGCCGAACCAACGCCUGACGAAUUUCAAAAACGAGAGAUUUUCGGAGCCCAUUAUGACGAAGGCCGGAUCACUCGCGUUCUGGACGAAGCGCCUGCAUGCCAAAUUCUUUCGUUACACUCCAUAAGCAGGUACAGAGAGCUGGAGAAAUUAUCAGGAAUUAACUUUUAUGAGCCUAUUGGCUGUCUCUUCUCUGGACCUAAAAAUGGUGGCUUCAUUCAGAGUUGCCUCAGAAGUGGCGCUGUGCACAAAGUGCCUCUGGUGGAGAUGGCGGGAAAUUCAGAGACAUUCAGAAAGAGAUAUCCUUACUUGAAUUUGAAAGAUGAGGAAAUCGCGUUAUUGGACGACUCUGGAGGAGGUCACAUCAGUCCUAGGAAUUUUGUAGCAGCUCAAAAGAAAGUGGCCCGUCUGCAGGGUUGCCAUAUUAUAGACAGUGUCGUUUGCGGUACCGAGACACAAAGUGAUGGAAUUCAUGUGGUCAAAACUGAGUCAAAAGGGACUAUUAAAGCUAAACGAUUGUUGAUAGCGACUGGAGGCUUCGUUAAUUUGAAGAACAUGAGUGUUCUGAAACCACUAGUAGUGAAACGUCUGAAAGAAACUGUGGUGUUACUUAACCUUCCAGAAGAUGAAGCGAAAAGAUUAAGCUCCAUGCCUUCCAUGAUAUCCUUAAGAAAUACCAAUCGAGGACACAUAGGAGCUUACAUUUUACCUCCUAUUAAAUAUCCUGAUGGACAAUAUUACUUAAAAUUCGGGAAGUCUCACACGCACGAGGACAACGACGAACUGAAAACUUUAGAAGAAGUGCGGGAGUGGUACUUGUCCGACGGUGAUAAAGAGAUGGAGGAUACACACGUAAAGUUUGCAACUGAAUUGAUACCAGGUUUGAAAUUCAGUGGUCUGAAGAAGCAUACUUGCGCCACCUGCAACACACCAUCUGGUCUACCCUACAUUGAUCGGGUGUCCCCCACCGUUACCGUGGCAGUGGCCGGCAACGGAAAGGGGGCCAAAUUUUCAGACGAGGUGGGUAGGAUUGCGGCUCACUUGUGCCUCACUGGAAGAUGGGAUUCGGAACUCUCACAGGGUCUUUUCGAGGCUGUUUUCCAGUGAAAUUCUGUUUUUGGAAUGAACAAGAACAGUUAUUUAAAUCAACCUCAGGUAUCUGGGGAUAUUAUUCGAUUUUAUAAUGGAUGAAAUUAUGAACUCCUAUUCGAAGAGGAUUUGAAGCUACAGCAGAAAAAAUUAUUUGCAGUCACAGGAUGAUUUUUGAGAUAAUUCGAUUAGUGUUUAUGUGUAUGGUAAAAUGCAUCACCAACUGAUUCAACACACUUGUAAGAAGAUUAUUUAAUAUAAUUUAACCAGGGUCCUAUUUAGCCUAAAUGGGGCCCGGGCAAAAACUUCUCUGUCUUUCUUCUUUUUUUGUCUUUGAAAAGCAAUGUUAAAAAAAAGUUCAUUAAAGAAGGAAACGUAAAAUAAACUUUCGAUUUGAUUUGAGGGCCCUCUCUGAUAUAGGGACCCGGAGAAAUUGACCCGUAUGCCCCUGUCUUAGUCAGGCUCUGUAUUUAACUUUCUUGUUAUGCAUUCAAAAUCCAGAAAAUUUGGUACAGAAUAUCUUAUGCAAAAUACGGAUACAACUUAGUCCAUCCAUGCAUACAAUCCAUUGCAUUCAGAAAUGUGUCCGAGACUUGAUCUAAAAGUAUUGGGAUUGCUACCUUAAACUCAAACUAAAGUCUAUGGUCAGUUAUGGAUCUUGAACUUUCCUAAUUAUAGCGCAUACACUAAAGUUUAUAAAACAGGAGUUUCCAGUAGAGUUUUGAAAAUCCCAUGUAUACAUUUUGCUGUCGCCAUAUUUUUUUUAUGAGAGAAAAAAUUAGGCUGUAUACUAUACCCGAUUUCUUGUAAUGCUAAACCUUCUUGAAUUAGAGCCAUUAAUUCGCCAUUCAUCUACUGUUACAAUUGCAGCCAGUCUUUUUUUUUGAUCUACAGAGAGAAAUAUAAGCAUACAUUUGACAAACAUAUGGUUAAUACCUAAAUUUUCUGUCGAAAUGUAUUGAAUUGAGCUAAAGCUAAUUCUACACUUUUCAAGUAACCCACGAAUAGUGACUUGAUGAUUUUCAUGUCUAACUGAAAACAGGUAUUGGAUUGAAUUAAUAUUUGUCAGUGUUUUAGGAAUCAUCAUUUCUGACAUUUCUGCUAUGUUAGAAAGGCGGUUUAUAAAUUUUCUCCAUAAACUUACAUUAACGUUGUUAAAAUCGCACCAACCUAUUUUUAAAAUUUUAUCUAAAUUUAAUGCAAAUUUUCUGCUUAAUUUUCUCUGCCAAAAAAAAAAAGCAUGUGGUAGCUUAGUACACACAUUUUUUUCAGUACUGUAUGGUAGAAAUGGACCAGAAAGUACGAUUUUGUAACUUUCGGAAUAUGGUUGAGAAAGUUCUAAGUCAAUAUCUGUCGAGCAUACUCACAAUACGUGUUUUGACUUUGCGGAUAGAGCAGCUGUCUAGAUAUUUUUAAAUACACUUUGUAUAAAAAGAGAUAUAAAUCUCUAUCAAUUAUAAUGAAAAAUACUGAUAUAUUCAGUAAUUAACGUUAUGCCUAAGUGAUGCUUUGAAAUAUUUCUUAGUUUUUCACAGGCAAAUAUAAAAUUCUCCCUCUUACGAAUUACCUUAGUAAGUCUUGCGUACUCAAUACCAAUAGUAUAAAAACUCCGACAGAAUCUCCAAUUUACUAACAGUACAAAAAGAUAAUAGGAUGAAUAUGACCUUAUCGUACGUCAAGAAUUCUUUCUCGUAAAAUUCUUACAUACAAGACUAGAAUUCAAAGCUCGAACCUCAACAAGAUCUGAGCUAAAAUUAUGAAAUUUAACAGGUAUGGUACGGAAUUUCAGGACUCAUACCCAACAAACAUCUGAUACCCUUUUUCUA